UCUAUCCCUCACUCACUCAACAACACUAUUUGUUGCCCUACAUUGCGAUUCCGACUCUGAUUUCGAUUCCGAUUCCGAUUCCGAUUCCGAAGCUACUUUCAUAUCUGAUUACAUAUCGAGAUGGCUCCAGCUGCAGCAGUGGAUGGUUCUGAUAAGAUCAAGCCUAGAGAUGUAUGUAUUGUUGGUGUUGCGCGCACACCACUUGGUGGGUUUCUUGGUUCUCUUUCAACUUUACCGGCCACCAAACUUGGGUCCAUAGCAAUUGAAUGUGCUCUGAAAAGGGCAAAUGUUGAUCCAUCGCUUGUAGAAGAAGUUUAUUUUGGAAAUGUUCUUGGUGCCAAUUUGGGGCAGGGUCCUGCCAGACAAGCAGCAUUAGGUGCAGGAAUCCCUAAUACAGUGGUAUCUACAUCUGUAAACAAAGUUUGCGCAUCAGGGAUGAAAGCAACCAUGUUGGCAGCACAGAGUAUCCAAUUGGGUCAAAAUGAUAUAGUUGUGGCUGGUGGUAUGGAAAGCAUGUCUAAUGUCCCAAAAUAUAUUGCAGAAGCAAGGAAGGGAUCCAAGUUUGGACAUGAUACUCUUGUUGAUGGGAUUCUGAAAGACGGGUUGUGGGAUGUUUUCAAUGAUUUUAAGAUGGGCAACUGUGCUGAAAUAUGUGCAGAUACACAUGGAAUAACAAGAGAACAACAGGAUGACUAUGCCAUUCAAAGCUUUGAGCGUGGUCUCGCUGCCCGAGAUAGUGGUGCCUUUGCAUGGGAAAUUGCUCCUGUUGAAGUUCCUGGCCCAAGAGGAAGACCAUCAACAAUUGUUGACAAAGAUGAUGAUUUGGCAAAGUUUGAUGCUGCAAAAUUGAGGAAGCUGCGUCCAGCUUUCAAGGAGAAUGGCGGCAGUGUUACUGCCGGCAAUUCCUCUGGUAUAAAUGAUGGUGCUGCUGCACUUGUCUUGGUUAGUGGGGAGAAGGCACUUGAGCUUGGAUUGCAUGUGAUUGCAAAGGUUUCCGGAUACGCUGAUGCUGAACAGGCACCUGAGUUAUUUACCACCACCCCAGCCCUUGCUAUCCCGAAGGCUAUUUCAAGAGCUGGAUUGGACGCUUCUCAAAUAGAUUUCUAUGAAAUCAAUGAGGCAUUUGCUGUUGUUGCUCUUGCAAACCAGAAACUGCUUGGUUUGGAUUCAGCAAAGCUGAAUGUACAUGGUGGUGGUGUGUCGUUGGGACAUCCUCUAGGUUGCAGUGGUGCCCGUAUCUUGGUCACUCUUUUGGGGGUUUUGAAGCAGAAAGGCGGCAAAUAYGGAGCAGCAGGUGUGUGCAAUGGAGGUGGAGGUGCGUCGGCGUUUGUCGUAGAACUUGUUUAAUUCUUCUGUCUCUUGGUUUUGAGGUAAGUCUCAACACCAAGUGUGACCAAUUGUUGUCUUUUCCUUGAUUUGUAGUUUGGAAUUGUGGUUAUUCCCAUCAAUAAGCAGCAGAAAUUUAAUGUAUUUAGUAUUUUUAGAUCCUUAGGAUUUUGUUACUAUCCAUCUGCCAUGAGAUUUUUCCCCAUAUCUCCCUCUUUUGCUAUUUAACUGAACUCACAACUUAUUCAGUC